AUGGAUUCAGAUUUGCAUACAAUUGGUGGUUUAGUCCCCCUUCUUGAACCCUUGAAGAACUCAACUGCAGGCAUCCGAGCAAAGGCUGCCGAGUUUAUAACUACCAUAGUUCAAAACAAUCCUAGGAGUCAGCAACGUAUAGAACCUCUGCUGGCUAAUCUCACCUCAGAUCCAAAUGUUACUGCUCGAAACAAAGUUCUUGGUGCAAUAUCGUCUUUGAUUCGGCACAACAAGCGUGGAGUUGCUGCAUUCAGGCAGGCAAAUGGUUAUGGAGCAUUGAGGGAUGCACUGGGUUCAGACAAUGUUAGGUUUCAAAGGUAA